AUCUGGUCCAAAGACACAGCAGCUGUCUUCUCUGCUAGGCUGUCUGAGAGUAGAGAAAACAACACCAGAGGUCUACAUGCUUUCCUGCGCGGAGAUUAAAACCAGAGCUCUGGUGCAGCAUACUGAGGAAGCAGGUGCAAAAGUGCGCUGCAAGCGGGACCUGUGGCGCGUCUUUUUCAGCGCCAGCAGGGGAGCAGUGAGCGCGCCACGGAGGUCACAUUUCAACCGGUUUCCGGGACGAAGACAGAGAUUAAAGGCAAGGAGAUGAGAAACCGACUGUUCUUACUGCACUGCUGGAUGCUCCUCGCCCUCCCCCCGCCGCACUUGUUGCGCAGAGACUGGACGCGCUGCUGAGUCCUUGGAGAGGAGAGGCAGGGACGGACUGCAACAGGUGCACACAGAGCAUCUCCUCCAAACACCGGAGAUCCGUUGGUCGUCUUCAGCCCUAACCGAGCUCACAAAGCCAGGAUGCCGGUUCUGACGAGCCCCGACAUUGCAAAUAAGUUUAAGGAGAAAUGGCUGAUGGUUUAUCCGGAGGAUCAGGUCACCGGGUCCGACUCUGUCCCCCUUGACGACAGCCUCACCAGCCUCCACUGGCUCCAGAAUUUCUCCAUCGUCAGCGCGGACCCGGAGCGGCCCAACGGAACUGGACCGGGCUGUCCGUCCUCCCAGCAGCAUCUCUGUCUCAAGCGGCUCGGCUUUCCCAGAGGGGGCACCGACUCCCCGUCCAGCCCGCCGGCCGGGGACACCGCCGCCACCGGGAUGCCUCUGUACCUCGGGAGCCCCGUCACCUCCGGCAGCGACUCCACAGCGGUCCCGCGGUUCACCAAUUGCGCACACCCCGGGAGCGGCUACCCACAGAUCCCGAUCCAGGCCAGCCCACCGGUGGAGGUCGACUACAAAACCAACCCAAAGGUUAAACCGCCCUAUUCCUACGCAUCUCUCAUCUGCAUGGCCAUGCAGGCCAGCAAACAGCCCAAAGUGACUCUGUCCACCAUCUAUAACUGGAUAACGGAGAAUUUCUGCUACUACAGACAUGCGGAGCCCAGCUGGCAGAACUCGAUUCGCCACAACCUGUCCCUCAACAAGUGUUUCAAGAAGGUCCCCAGACAGAAAGACGAGCCGGGGAAGGGAGGCUUCUGGCAGAUUGAUCCCCAGUAUGCUGACAUGUUUGUCAAUGGCAUCUUCAAACGCAGGAGGAUGUCUGCGAACAGCUACAACAGCAGCAGCAGUGGCGCCCACAGACAGAGCAAACUGAUUCAGGGUUAUCACAGCACCCAAAAUGGCUGCCCUUACCAAAGUGGCAAACGGAAGCACCUGGCCACUAAAAACAACAACAACAACAAGGCAGUGAGGGCGUCUGACUCCCCGCUUUUAGCGACAGAAGCCCACAAAGCUGACAUCCUGAGGGGGGAUUUUGACCUCGCAUCCGUGUUCGAUGACGUCCUCAGUGGGAACUGUAGCACCUUUGAGGAUUUGGACAUCAACAUGGCGCUGAGCUCCCUGGGCUGUGAGAUGGAGGUUUCCAUGCAGGGGAGGCAGCACUCUGCGGGGCUGGGGAGGUGGUGUGGAGGAGGGGACCUCAUGGGUCAGAGCCAGCAUCUGAAUCACCAUCAGUCCUACAGCUACAUGGACCUGAGCGCCUCUUCAAUGGAGUGUCCGGUCAACAUGGGAGAACUGCACAUGGUGCAGCAGCACCCACAGCCACGGCUGGACCAAGAUCAGCUGCUCCAGAGCCACCACCACCUGCAGCAGUUCGACGAGGCCUCCACGCUGUUCUCGGAGCGGCCUGAGGAGGCGGUGCUGCAGCCGUGGGAGGAGAUCAAAGAAGAGGCACAGGCCAUUCCUCUGACUCUGGAUCAGGGCUUUGGCCUGUGCGAGGGCUUCUUCACGGAGAUGCAGCCAUGGGAACGGGUGGAGGCCUAUCUGUGACCUUUGACCCCAACCCUCAUUGACUUCUAAUUAUAUUUGCAUCCAAUGAACUGGGCGUCUCUGAUUGCUUGUCCAUAUCACCCUGAGAGGAUAACACUGGUGAUAGGUCCUUUUGUCUACAGCUGGUUUGCAUUUCCUCCAAUCAUUCUGCAAUACACUGUAAUUUAUUUUUUUGUAACAUUUACAUGUCUUUUUAUUAAAACACAACCUUGUCAUGUCAAACCUAUCUUGAAUUUUACUGCAAACCCAGCUAAGAAACAUGCCCUGAAUAAAAAGGAAUCAGUAAGAUGAUAAAGGUCGGUGGGAAACGUGUUUAGGGAUUAUU